AUGCUUGAUUCCUGUGAUGAGGAGCAAUCCAAGAAUGAGUUCGGCUCUGAUUGCGAUGAGGCAAAGCCAGCUUGUGAGUAUUGUGUAGCCACCAAUCGCCAUUGUGAGUAUCUUACCGAUAGUACACCAACAGAAGCUCAUGAGCAAUUCACUGGCACUGCAAGUGGGAUCAAUGGAUCAAAUCUUGACUCUGUAUCUUCGCAGAAGUUAUCAUUGACUGGUGCAGCGGUCUUUCUGUACAAUUCUCUAGCAACACAGAUGAACUUGACUCGAUUCGAGUAUCGUCUCCUACGAUUCUUCAACGACGCUUGCAUACCUCUUUUCUCUUUCGAUGUGAAUAAGGAAGUAGAUAAUAUCUGGCGAUGUUUGCUUCCAAAGGAAUUCAGUUCGCUGGAUGUGGUCAGACAGUCUGUUUUUGCUUUUGCAUGCCUCAACCUCUGGGAUUACUCAAAUGUUGAUGAAGUUCUUGACCUGGACAAAAUAGAAUGGUCAAGUGAGGAAUCUGAACUUAGCAGCAAUAAUUGGCACGCUUUUGAAAAUCUGGCAGUGGUCGAUAGCGGCCCAGAUAAUAUCUAUUCAAAAACCGCCUCCUACUUUUCAAAAACAGUGGAGCAUUCCAGCAAUCUGUGUUUGCUACUGGAACAGCUGUUUUUCUUCUCUGGUUCGCUUAUUUUUGCAUUUUUGGGACUUCAUCCGCAUCUGAUCAUGCCUGUGGUAGAUUUUGAAAGUGAUCCACCACUGGACAUAUUGAGCUUUGCAGGAAGUAUAAAAAAGCUAAUAGACGAACAAAAAUACCAGUUUACUCUGUUGGGCCUCUUAAUUGGGAAUUUGACACUGGGUAUCUUUGGAACUCCUGUGUUCCGGAGUGCCAUCGUGGGUCAAUUGAGGUUGGAGCUACAUGAUUAUUAUUUCGAAGAUGGAGGAUUUGCGGAAAUAAAUUCGAAAACAAGCCACGAAAAUGAAAUAUUUGAAGAGUUCCUCACGAUGAUGGAGAACUGCUUCAGCUUUGCCAUUUAUAAAGGCUACCCUAUACCCAUCUUCCGAAUGCUCUACACUGUGCCAUUAGAAUAUGCAAUUCUUGUGAGAGCUCGUCAUCCUUUUGCGUUACGUACUAUCUUCGUCUAUUGCUGUAUUUGCAUCUUUGGUGGAUUCUAUAUGCUGAGGAAUUCAAACAUGUGGAUGGAUUAUAUCAGAUUUCACCUUGUACACUUUGGCCCCCUUGGCGCCUUGGAAAACUCGGUCUAUUACUAUAUGGAGAACAAGAGGCGGGUUAAUUUCGAUAAUUUUGCUGCCUCCAUGCAAGAAUUUGACUCCAUGGUUGCUUACAUGGCUCAACAUGACGAGAUUCGUGUCUGA